AUGGCGGGCUUACACGUGAAGCUGUCUGCCCUAGCUGCAACAUGGGCCUUAUUGAGUGGCGUGUCUCUGUAUGCUGCUUUCUGUGUCUCCUCUCCGAUAUGGAUGCGUGUAAUAUCAGGUCUCAUUGGUUUGGUUUUCCUCAUCUUGGCACUGGUCUACGUCUGGAUUUUCAUUAAACGUCCUUGUCCUAACCAGAGUCUCUUUGAAGUCACCGUCCAUUUUCUGAUAUCUCUCGUGCUUGGACUCAAGGGGAAGUCGAGCCAUUCAGAAAUCCUCAAGACCUGCAAGAACCCGAUGAUGCACCAAAGACGUCUAUGGCGCGAGAUACUUGACCUGAACGGACGUACCGCAUACGCAGACGACCACGGCCUACGAGGAAUGCCAACUCUUGGAGAUCUUCGGAAGCAACAUCCCUUGUCGGGUUACGAACGGUUCCGACCGUACGUCGAACGCAUGUUGGAAGGUGAAGAGAAUGUCCUUGUAGACGGAAUACCAGACUCGUACAUCCGAACCACAGGUACGACGGGAAAGUCCAAAUACAUUCCGCAAAAGAAUAAGACAAAGAUGUUCCUGAAAGUUGGUUCAGUUAUGGGCCAUAUUACUAAUUGCCAUUAUCCUACCAGCCCGCUGGCAAAGACUCUUUACUUGUAUGUCGCACCUAAAGUACUCACGACAAAAAGUGGAAGCAGAAUUGAAACGGCUGCGACAAUGUCGGAUGGUCACGAUUGGUUUUUUGCUCAAUUCUCUGUGCCUGCCUGCGGAUUCAGGAUUGGGGCGAUGCACGAAGCGUUCUAUGUCCAACUCCUCUUUGCGCUUAAAGACCCCGACCUGGGCCAUAUCAUCAUCGGUUUUCUCCACUUCCUGGAGAGCGGUAUGAAGCUUCUGGAGAAAGAAUGGAAGAACCUCACCAGAGACAUCGAGCGGGGAACCAUCAAAGCCGAUCUUAACCUUCUGCCCGCCAUCAGGGAGAGUUUGACCAAGGAACUCCAGACGUAUGGCCCUGACCCCGCCAGAGCUGCCCAAUUACGUGGAGAGUUUGAAAAGGGUUUCGAAGGUAUAAUCGAAAGGAUCUGGCCAAAGGUUCCUGUCCUUGUAGGAAUCGACUCCACUGGAAGCUGGCCAAGGCUCUCCAAAACCUACGCCAAAGGUUUACCCCUGUUAUGUUCGUUCUAUGGUUGCUCUGAAUCAAUGAUUGGCGUCUACCCGGGUCCGAAGUUCAUUGACAAGAAAGGCUAUCUACCUCUGGUUAAAUGGUCUGUCUUUGAAUUCAUCAAGGAGGAAGAAAUGUCGUCCUCUCAACCACGAACGUUCUUUUUGAACGAGUUAGAUCAAGGGCAGAACUAUGAGGUAGUCAUCACCCAACCGUUUGGUCUCUAUCGCUAUCGUAUGGGAGAUGUCAUCCAAGUCAUAGGCUUUCAUGAAAACAUGCCCGUCAUUGACUUCUUAUACAGGACUGGUCAGAUGCUGAAUAUCCGAUAUGAGAAAUUAGACCAACGGGUUGUGUCAGACAGCAUACGGUCAGCCACGGCCAAGUGGACCGGCAUGACCCUGAUAGAGUUUGCAGUAGCCGAGAGCACCUUACUCAACGAGAAAUGCUCUAUAUAUGAACCGAACGAGCUGAUGCCGUACUACAUCUUCUUCCUUGAGAUGAAUGACCCUUCACAACCUCUCUCGGAUGAAUACAGAUCUAUGAUCGACGCAGAGCUGCGGAAUCGAAAUAGCGAUGUCGAACGCCUGCGAGGAGAGGGCGCUAUUUCGCACCCUCGCGUUCACGUUGUUCGUCCAGGGGCGUUUGCAGCGCUGGAACGGUAUCUCCUCGCUAACACGGGGGCGUCCGCUAACCAGUAUAAAGUGCCCCGAAAGCUUCGCACAAUCGCUAUGCUCGAAGUGAUGCUAGAGAACCUGGUUUCGUAAGGAGAGACACUUUUUGUGUGCUCACUUU